AUGCUGCAGGGAGGAGUGAAGAAAAGGCAGCGCACCGGCAGCAGUGGCCGCCUCGCCUCCGCCGCGUCCGUCCCCGACCUCGCCGGCGCCCUCGCUGAGGACGCGAACGCGACGGCUUCGGCGCCGCCUAGUCCCGGGGGAUUCAAUGAUCUGGCCACCGCCGACGUCGUCCUGAGCCUCGAGCUGGACCUCGAGGCGCCUCUCUCUCCCUUUUCGCCGGAUGCGGGGAGUAUAGCCUCCUCUCCCCUUGCCGAUCUAGCCCCUUCCCUCGAUCUGUACCUCCACUCCGCUGUGUUGCGUCGUUCGCGCUACUUUGCAGCGCUCCUUUCCGACAGAUGGCAUCAUAUAGACCAGGAAGAGUGUCCGUCGGGGGAGAAGAUUUCCCGUUUCAUUCUGAAGGUUCCUCUCGCUUCUGGAACUCGUCACGGCCCAUUCGAUGCGCAUGCUGCGGUGCUCAGGCUGCUCUAUACGUUGGAUUUCGCCUCAUCCAUUCUCACCGUGGCCGACGCUCUGGAGUUUCUCCAUGUGGCGCUGGAGCUCUUGUUCGAUGAUUGUGUCCGCGCAUGUGUCCGCUUCCUGGAGGCGGUUCCGUGGACAGAGGAGGAGGAGAAGAUGAUCCUCAAUGUGAUUCCGUACCUUCCGCAGGAGGAAUCAAGUGACCUGGUCUCCAGGAUUGUGCCGUCCAUGGAUGGAGGCAACUCGUCGGAGGAAAUGCUGCACGGCUUAGUACUCUCUGCAAUCCAGGCCCACCCGUCUGUGGCGUCCGUCAAGGCAUUUGUGGCGAGGCUGCUUAGGGACUUCCCGUCUCGAGAAUCUGUCAGGAGGGUGCUGGAUAGGGCAUUCUUGGCGAAUCUAGAGACAGUUAAGGGCUUGCUCGCUGAGUAUGCCAGCCCCGAUUUUCGGACCACUAGUGACGAUGACGAGACGGAGGCGAUUCAAAGGUUGAACCUUCAUGCAGCAUUAGUAAGCACGAGGAAGCUGCUAUGGUUAGUUGAGCGGAUGAUAGAGUUGAGGGUGGCUGACAACGCCGUCAGAGAGUGGAGCGAACAGGCACCGCUUGCAGUGGAUCUGCAAAAAGCUUUCAAGGAUGAAGCAUGGAGGAACAUAGCUCCUGGGUUGCCAGCAUAUGUGAUGAGGUGCACUAGCCGUCUUGCCAAUGCUGUAGCUGCCGGGUCAAUCCUAGCUGCCAGACAGGUAAAUUGUCUUGUGUGGAUUUUCAUGCUUUUUUUUUUCUUUUCAUUUCCACACAUUUGUAUGUACCAACGGUUACGUGCUGGUCCUGGAUUGCAGAUACUUCGGCGUUUCAUCUGCCUUUUCCCAGUUAUGUGGAUAUAACUGACUUCUUCCGUCCGUCUAUCUUUCAUGUCGACCCUUUGAUAUGGAUUUCACUCUACAUCUUUGUUUUGUUGAAAAUUCCGCUACAUCCAGAGUGAUCAUUUCAUAACAUACUAAUGUAAUUUUGGUGUUUAUCUCUUUUGAAUUAUCGAGACUUGGGAUAGAUUAAAUUGAAAAUGGGUGAUAUCAAUAGAUACAUGGGUGACCUGAAGUUUAAAAAACAAGGUUGGGUUGUGUUUCUGGACUUUUUAAGGUAAAAUUUGUUGCCCUCUCCACGAAAAAGUGGAUACGAACUGAUUUUUCAGAGUCUUGGGGAAUGUGGAGUUUGCUGAGAAGAUCCCAUAUUCUAUUCUAUCAAUUGUUGAUAUGAUGUCUUAAAGCACAAGUUUUUAGAGAUGAUAUGCAGAUUGAUUUCCCAGAAAUAAUGCGAUAUGUUCAUUUCUUGUCUUUGAUUGGGAUGCGGAUAUGAUGUACUGUUCUCUGCCUUCUGAGUCAUCUUGAUAACGUUGGCGGUUAUACUCAAGUUGAAGGGUAACAAGAGAAAGUUUGCCAUCAAGAGUAGAUAGUCGCAGAUGUCAAAGAUUUUGAAGAGAAGUGAAAGUACGAACAAAUAUUAAUAAUACAUUCGUCGUUCAGUAUUGAAUUUAUAUUGAUCAUAAUGCAUUCUCAGAAAGACUGUGACUAUGAUGUUGAGUGCCAACAAAGUACGUAUUCCACAAGUCCUGGGUAUUAUGUCACCGUUUAAGGUUUUUAUGUGGUAGCAAGUGGGCCUUGGGGUGUAUUUAUUCCGUUUAAUUUGAUAAGCAUUGUGAUUAACCACGCUGUCAAGCCUUAUCGUUCUUCAAAUAAACUCUUUACUGAUAUUUCGAUUCACUUUAUCUUUGCUCUUCAUUGCUAGUGGUAAAAAGAAACAGUUCAGGGAAUGAAUGAAUCCAAUUAUUACAAAUAAAUCCACUUUAUAAUGAGUCCCCCAGAUCAAUUGUUCUACGGCCGCAGUGCAUGUUUAUGACCCGGUGCACCUCAAACAUAAGUAAUCUUCAUGACAUGAUGGCUACGAGAUGUGUGUUGGGUGAAUAGAAGUUAGGCCUUGUUUUAUCGCCAUGAUACAUCCUUAAUUUGCCUUGUUUUGUCGCCAUGAUACAUCCUUGAUUUUUUUAAUGUGAUAGCAUAUAUUUCAAGUUAAAGUCGCACCAGAUAUUUGAAACAACCUUUUUAGAGAUGAGAUUGAUCAAUUUUUCUUGGAGGGUGCAUCCUUUGUGAUCUAUUCAUCUUUUCUUGCUUGAUCAUUUCCCGAUACAUCCACUUGAAAACAGAGGACUCCUGCACUGACUCUCGUGUCAUUGCUCGUGUACUAAAUGUGCUGAUGAUUGUACAAGUAUAUUGCACACGUUAUAGAAUCUUAUGCAUUUGAGCAGUUUCAAGUUUUCCUAAUGGUCCUGUUCUUCAGGUAAGGAUGAGGCUUGUGAAGGAUUGGCUUCCAGUGCUGAAUGUCUGCAGAGAUGUCGGCUCACCAAUGCAUUCUGGCCAGAAACUGCUCUACCAAGAACUGGAGGAAACAUUUCUGCAGAUCAUCUCCACCCUACCAAUAUCUGAUUCCCAGGAAUUGCUGCAGCAGUGUCUUUGCUUCUCCACCCGCAAUGUUGAUUGCCCACACUUGCUCUCAGCUUUUAACACCUGGUUUCGACGGGCGAACCGACAUCUGGGCGAGGAAAACGGCAGUUGA